GGGGAAGUAAAAUGGCGGACAUGGAUGGGCAGGGCCUUUUAUUGUGUUCAGAAAUGUGAAAUCUUUAAUGCUUUUAAAAACCUUUUAGGGUUUAUGGGAAUAUUUUGAUGCUAGUUUUGCAGAUUGAGCUCUUCCCAAGUUAGUUAUCCAGCUUGAACUCCAACGAUAAAGAUGGGGACAGAUGAAGAGUAUAAAGGGGCUGGCCUCCCAGAACCAAAGACAGGAGAGAAGUCCAGAGAAGAGGAGAGCAAGGAAUGUACUGAAGAGGAAGGAAAUGAGGAUGAAGAACAUGACUCUCAGAGGAGAAGCAAAACGGCCUUGAGAUGUAACCAAGAAACCGGAGAGUUCCUAGUUGACGAACCGAGUGAACUGGGUGCUUCUGUGGUUGCCAUAGAGACCUCCUCCUCUUGGAUCCCUGCACAGUCCUCAUCACUACAGCUGGUUGACAGUGGUGACAUUGAAGUAGAGCUCACUGCAGCGGUGCAGGUAGAAGAAGGAUCAACCCUUGCUUUUCUGUCAUCCUUGGCCCCGUUUGCUGGCAACCGGAAGAUAGGCCUUCACUCCUCCCAUCCCCACUCCAGACUGAUGAAGGAGCUUCUGAUGCUGGGCUGCCCCUCAUUUGCUCCUUCUCCUCGGGUCACAGGCUUCACUCCAGCCCCAGGCUCGAGGAUGAGGCCUACCUCUGCCCUAGCCAAGAGCCCGCUGCCCUCCUCACCCUCCAGCUCCCCCUCCUCCCCUUCUUCCCCACCAUCGUCACCUUCCUCCUUACCGUCAUCGUCCUCUUCAUCACCGGGCGGAGCCGGCACUGGUUACCAUGACACUGAUGACAGAGGUCACUCGGGCGGCGGUGGAAUCACCAACGCGACAGGUGACGUGGUGUCCUCGACCUCUUCCUCCCUGGGCCCUUCCCACUCUCUCAAUGACCCGCGCCCUUUCUCCUCCAACCCCAUGUUCCAUCGCCUGGGCCCUCCCACGCAACCGGACGGCGACUCCCAAAGAGAAGCUUCCGAGACGGACAUCUACGACCCCUUCCAGCCCACGGAUGGAGAAACGGAGCAACCAAAAGCCCUGGAGGAAGAGGAAGAGGACGACGAUGAGGAGGAUAAAUACGACCCCUUUCAGCCGACAGGCUCCCCAGCUUCGGAGGAGCGCGACGAGAGAGGCUCGGAAGGGGAGGGGCCACUGGGCAGCCCCAACGGGAACGCCCUGAACCAGAUGGACGACCUUGAGACGGAGGGGCUGGACGUCCCGCAGGGGUCCCCUCCAGACUCGACUGAGUUGACCGCUGCAGCAGCAGCCUCGGCUCCCUCCCCCUCCCCCUGCCCCAGCCCGACCCCUCCGGCGCCCGCCGUGACCCACAGCCCGCAGCCGCCCCAGAGGAAGCGCUCACUGCGGGACGGCGUGCGGGAGCAGCGGCGGAUGCGCGAGCGGAGGGAGGACUCGGAGCACUCGGAGAUCGAGGAGGGUGAGAUCGUGGGCGCCGCCGGCGACAAGGAGAGGUGGCGGGAGCGGGCGGUGGCGGUGGACGACGUGCACGGCGGCCUCCCGGGGCUCGGACUCGGCAUGGGCAUGAAGACGGAGCGCAUCCUGCGGGUGAUGGAGGGCGACGGCUUCGUGUCCGUCUGCACGGAGGCCACCUGGGAGCCGGAGCCUCCGCCGCCGGUGGUGGGCGUCGGGGACCUGCGGAGGAAGCUGACCAGCCGCAGGAAGGAGCGCUUCCGCUCCUGCCCCGUGUCCGUGACCCUGACGCCUCCGCUGCCGCCGCCGGCCCCGCUGCCCCCCGCCGUCGCCAUGCCGUCGCCCUCUCCUCCGGCCUCGCCCUCCCUCUCCCUCCCGGCCGACCGCGAGAAGAACCGCAAGUCCUCCAAGAACUCCCGGGAGCGCGAGCGGCGCAAGCUGAAGGAGAACAAGGCCGUUGAGAAGGAGAAAAGGAAGAAGAGGAAGGAGGCGAAAGAGGGCAGCCGGGAGCGGAAGGAGAGAGAGCGGGAGAGGAAGAGCGAGAAGGAGGAGAAGCAGAAGGACGAGAGGAUGAGGAGGAGCAGCAGGAGCUCCAGCCGCAAGAGGAAGAGGAGAAAGCACGGCAGCCCGGAGGCUUCCCAGAAUUCCGCCGCCCGACACACACACUCGAGGCGGCGCUCCUGGUCCAGCCACUCGGACGACCACCACAGGGAGAGGGAGAGAGGGGAGAGGGAGAGAGGGGAGAGGGAGAGAGACGGAGAGCGAGAGCGAGAACGGGAACGUGAGCGGGAGAGACCACGAGAGCGGGAUCGCGAAAGGGACCAAGACCGAGAGCGAGACAGAACCAGAGACCGGGAGAAGGAGAGGGACAGAGGCCGCGACCGAGACCGGGAAAGGGGCAGAGGCGACCGGGAAAGGGACCGGAGCAGAGACUCCCGCGGGAAGAGCCGGGGGAAGAGGGAGCGGGAGGACGUGGAGCAGGGCUCCAGCAGCCGGGAGAGGGGCAGCAUGAAGAGGUCCAAGAGCAGCCUGGAGAGGCGGGAGGACACGCGGGAGCCCACGCGGGAGCCGGACCGUCACCGGGACCGGGAGCGGGAGCGGGACAAGAGGAGAGACGGACGGCCGGUCGUGCCGCCGUCCAUCCAGGACCUGAAUGGGUCCGACCUGUUCGCCAUCAAGCGCACCAUCACGGUCACCACCACGACCACCACCACGACCGUGCCGGGCUCGCCGGGGCAAGGCCAGCGGUCGUCCCUCAGCCCGGCGUCGGGCCUGUCCCACAAGCGCAAGAGGAAGCGGAGGAGGCGCUCGGACGAGGAGGAGCAGGAGGAGGAGGAGCGCUCGAGGAGACGCCGCAGCCGCUCGCGCCACGGCUCCCUCUCGCCCAUGCUCUACCGCGGCUACGAGUCGGACCGCUUCUCCGAGCGGCAGGAGGCGGACAUGCUCUCGCUGGACGGCGAGGCGCUGGACUCGGACUACCCGUCGCUGGAGGACUCUCCGCUCCUGCCGCGCUCGCCCGAGCCCCCGCCGUCCCCGCCGGCCAAGAGCAGCAGCAGCCCGCCGGCCAAAGCGUCCGGCCGCCGGGACAAGAAGAAGUCGCACGCCUCCGCCAAGAAGGCCGGCCAGCCGUCCGAGUCGGCGUCGCUCCGCGCCAAAGCCAAAAGCAAACACCUGAUGACCUCGUCGUCCUCGCCGCCGCUCUCGCCCACGGCCGCCCUGGCGCCGCCCCUGCCGCCGACCGCCGCCUCCUCCUCCGCCGCCAAACGCACCAGGAAGACCCGGAAGGAGAAGGAGCGGGAGAAGGCGGCCAAGAAGGAGUCGGGCCGCUCGGGUCACUCCAAGAAGCCGGGCGGCAAGAAGGCCAAGCUGCAGUCCAAGGUGUCGGUGCUGGUGCGGGAGGGCGUGAGCAGCACCACGGGCACGGCCGGCGCCCCGGGCUCCGGCGGGAAGCUGGCGGUGGACCGCAUGGGGCCGAGCGGGGUGACCGGAGGCGGUGGCGGCGGUGGCUCGUCGUCCUCCGUGGUGGGCGGCUCCAUCGCCGUGGUGUUCCGGCGGGACAACGAGAGCCGCUCGCCGUUCCUGAAGCCGUGCUCGGAGCCGCUGUCGCUGCAGGCGCGCGGGGGCGUGGGGGGCAAGGACCCCGCCAAGGCCGGCGGGCAGCAGCAGUCGCAGCAGAGGAACGUCCUGGGCCCGGCCAGCGUGGCCAGCCCCACUCUCCUCAAGGCCAAGAAGGCCACCCCCACCUCCAGCACCUCCUCCUCCACCUCCUCCCCGUGCUCCUCCUCGGUGGCCAAGCGGCGCCGGCGCCCGGGGAAGAAGCUCCGCGACAAGAGCGGCGCCGGGGUCAGCGGAGAGGCCAAAGCCCCGCCGCCCGGUGGCUCGCUGCCCAAACCCUCCAGCCCGCCCGCCCUGCUCCCGGCCCCCACCCCUUCCUCCUCCUCUUCCUCCUCCUCCUCCUCCACCAGCGCGCUGCCGCCCUCCUCCUCGCCGCCGCACACGCCGCCCCUCUCCCUGCCGCUGCCGUCCCGGGACGCACGCGACUCCAGCCCGGACUCGCAGACGGUGGACAGCAGCUGCAAGACCCCCGAGCCCUCCUUCCUGCCGGAGGAGUCCCAGAGCGGGCCGCCGGCCCCGGCCAGCCCACCGUCCCCCACGCUUCUCUCCGCCUCAUCCGGUGGCAACGGCGGCGGCGCUGCCCAGUCGGCCCCUGGCGCCAAGCCCCUUCUCCUGGACGAGCAGAAGACCUCGCCCCCCUGCUCCAUCUCGUCGGGCUCGGCGGCUGCCUCGCUCCCGCUCUCCCUGCCGCCCUCGGCCGCCGACCCCUCGUCGUCAUUCUCGUCCGUGUCGUCGUCAUCGGUGGGCAAGCCCCCGCCGCCCCCCCCACCUCCGCCCGCGGCCGCCCCUCUGCCCUGGAGCCUGCAGACGGGAGUGGACUGCACUGCAGGGGGCGUGUUAGCCUUAACAGCACUCCUGUUUAAGAUGGAGGAGGCUAACAUUGCCAGCCGCGCCAAAGCACAGGAGUUCAUUCAUGCCACAAGUCAGAUUCUCUCACAGGCCAACCAGAACCAAGGCCAGCAGCACGUCCCCUCCUCUUCAUCAACCUCUUCCUCUUCAUCCCAAGCCCCUCCCCUAUCUUCACUUGCCCAAUCCUCUGGUCCCAAUCCGGCACAGUUCAUUCUUCACAGCUCUCUCCCACUGGUUGGAUGCACCAAAACUCCUCCCACACAUCUGCUUCCUGGGCUAUCAUUGGGCGGUGGAUGUGCGCAAACUCCACCCCCUCCUAGUUUGCCUCUGGGGAUGGGAGGAACAAGUGACGGAGCUUGGGAUAUGGACAGUAAAGAUCCCGACAAGUACCUGAAGAAGCUGCACACACAGGAGCGUGCAGUGGAGGAGGUCAAGCUGGCCAUCAAGCCUUACUAUCAGCGCAAGGACAUCAAUAAGGACGAAUACAAAGACAUCCUGAGGAAAGCUGUGCACAAGAUCUGCCACAGCCGGACAGGCGAGAUCAACCCAGUUAAAGUGAGCAACCUCGUCAAGCUCUAUGUGCAGCGUUACAAAUACUUUCGUAAGCAUGGCCGAAAGAUGGACGAUGAUCGUGAUGAUCGGGACUCCGGCGCCAUGCAUUCCCCGUGAUCGGACGUUGGACGUGAUUGACAGAGAGCCCCCACCCCACCCCCUCCUUCGCCCCCUCCUUUGCCCCCUCCUUCGCCCUACGCCUACUCCCACCCCUUGCCUGGCUCUUGAUCCUGAUUGGCUACACCAGUCAUAGACUGCCUUUUUAUCCUGCACGUGUUUGGGCCCUAUCAGGGCCACUGAGUGACAUUUUUGUUCAUUAUGAAUUCCCCUCAAUAUGUAUACAACCCCCCCCCCCCCCCCCCUCGCCUCUUUGUUUACCAUUUCUUGCUGUACAGACCUAUGAGUAGGAGCGCAAAAAAAAAAGUCAGAUAAACAUCAUGUAUGUAAUACGAAACAGACAUUGUUAAGAGAGGGCGAGAUUAAAACUUGCACACCUACACACGGUUCCAUCAUAUUAGACACCCUAAACCUGUACAUACUGUAAGGACACUACUGCGACGGUGGUGUCUAGCAUCUGGAAUGGUGUGCAGUUUGGCCUGCAUGGUCGUUGCUCUUUGUGAGUGUGAGUGUGGACGUGGAUGAAUGGAUUAAAUAUCUAAAUAUAGACAUUUGACAACGUU